AAUCCACUCAACGGGAUUUUUGAAACUGGACACGUCGAAUAGAUGCCAAGUUCGAUACACCUGUUCCUCGCAAUGGCAGCAACGUCCAAGUCGAAAUGGCUUCAACCAAUCGCUAAUCCAAUCAACGGGAUUUUGGAACGGCAAUUGAACGGGCUAGAACUAUGAAUGAGAAUAGACCUUUUCACAGGGCGUGGCACCAACAACGUCAUCACCUACCGCGGCGUCAAUUUGGUUCGCUUUUGAUGCAUUGGCGUUUGCUAACCGCGUGAGUCUAGAGCCAAAGCAACAAUUUUUCUUUUCGAACUUUAUUCGGUGCGUAUAGCGAUGCAUCGAAUUAGGUGAGGCCUCAUUAAGACUCGGCUCUUGUGUGUUUUGCGUGUUUUACGGUGAUGAACAACCUCUUUCUGAUCUCUUUCGUGACUCUGCCGCGUCAUUUUGAGUGAUGAUUUAACAUUGAGACUUGACAGACGUCAAAUGCAGGUACAAACGUGCGUACGUAAUCUAUGAUGCGUGUUCUGUGUGGUACGCACUUACCAAAUGGUUUGGUUUGUACCUCCUGAAUACUUCCUAGAAAGUGCAUCGUUUAGGGAAUGUCUGACGUGAAGAGGAAGUCUUUAGACAAGUCUGGAGGUACUGAGAGGUAAGAAGAGAUGCAUGAUUUCAUCAUGAGGUAAUGUCCUCAGCUGUGGCUGUCAUAUAAAUAAACCAGUCACUCAGUGUUGCUGUACUGUGUUUUAUUUUUUGGAGUGUGUAAUUGCCGUUCUGUCAUGGUUAUUUGCUGUGUUCCUGGAUGUACCAAUGUAUCUGCCAAGGGGAAAUAUUUGAAGUUUUUCAGAUUUCCUUCAAAUGAAGAGGAACGUCAGAAGUGGCAUUUUGCUCGUGGAACCAAAUCAACAACAGGAGUAAUACCAACAUUGUCCAAGACAAAGCCACCUUUUUCUGUUGCUGCAAUAAAGCGAUCCAGAGUUAGAGCUUCUUUUACAUGGUCACCAUCAAAACAAACUCCUCCUUUGAAAAGGCUUGCUGCAAGAGUUAUUUCAAGACCAAGAAGGCCUAAAUCUUCUACUCCUAAGAAGAACGUUGCAGCAUGCAGGCGGUCUCUAAGUCUUAUUUCCCCAAUACGGGAACAUGAAGACAGAGAUGCGGAUGUUGCAAAAGACUUUGAAGACAUGUUUCACAGUCUAAGUAUUGAUGUUGAGCCUCACUCUGACUGUGCAUCGUGUUUUGAGCUGCAGGAGGAAUUAAAGGAAAAAGAAAACUGUAUCAAAUUACUUGAACAGCAAAUGUCUAGUGGCGAGAAUUGGAGGGUUGAGGCAAUUCAAGAUAAUGAUGAAAAGACGUUGUUUUAUACAGGAUUUCGCAGCUACAAUGAUUUCAAGGGUUUUUUCAAGUCGUUAGAGUAUGCUGCCACUUCACUGAAAUAUUGGUCACAGAGACAUACAGCAUUUACAGAGAGUAAAUCAGCAAAACCUCGUUCUCUUUCACCUCUAAAUGAGUUUUUUCUGACAAUGGUUCGUCUUCGUUUGGGGCUAGAGAUGAAAGACCUUAGCUACAGGUUUGGCUUCUCUCUUUCUCAAGUUCAUAAUAUUUUUGUCACAUGGAUAAACUUUCUCUAUUGCCAUUUGAAUGACGUUGACUGGUGGUUGCCAAGGGACACUCUACGUCGAAGUUUACCGCAGUCAUUUAGAAAGGCUUUUCCAAAAACCACCUGCAUCAUUGAUGCAACAGAGCUUUUUACAGAACGUCCUUCAGAUAGGGGUUUGCAAUCAGCUUUCUUCUCCAGUUACAAACACCACCACACUGUGAAAGCAUUGGUUGCAAUAUCGCCAUGUGGUCAUGUCAUGUUUGUGUCACGACUAUUUACUGGUGCUAUAUCAGACAGGGAACUUACCAAGCAGUCUGGUUUUCUUAAUAAAUUGGUGCCUGGAGACCAAGUCAUGGCAGACAAAGGAUUUAUUAUUGCCGACAUUCUCAUGGACGUUGGGGCAUCUCUUGUGCUACCUCCUUUUCUAAAAGGAGGAGGUCAGUUUGCCGAGGAGCAAGUCAUUAAAUGCCGGCAAGUGGCGUCUCUUAGAAUCGAUGUAGAAAGGGUGAUCAGACGGAUAAAGAACUAUAGAAUUUUACAAGGCAUAACACUUAGUUCAAGUAUGGAUCUUUUAGAUAAGGUAUUUACUGUAUGUUCGUAUCUAACGAAUUUGCAUCCACCUCUUGUACGGUAGAUUUAAUUUUGUAGGGUAGAUUAAUAUUAUUUAGUGUCAUGAUAUUAAGUUUUGUUUGGAAAAGUAAAUAUAUUGGCUUUUGUUAUAAU